CCUGAAACCAGCAAGAACCUCAAAUUAUUAUUAUUUAUGGCCGCGCGUGAAAGUUCGAAUGAGCAGUGCGUUGUUCUGAGAAAGUUAUUAAAUCGAGAAACAUUUUAACACUUUUCUAAUAUUGCCUGCGCAAUAUAUAAUAGAAACAUAAAAAGUAUUCGACAUGAAAUGCGUCGUACCUGGCGGAAACGUCAAAAUCUUGGCAAAAGCCAUACACAUGCUGGCGAGGAUUGGCGAUGAGAUAUAUGUGAAUCCGCAAGAAGAAUCUAUGUCUUUUCGCACGGUCAACAUGGCAAAAUCAGCAUACUCUGACUUCACAUUCGACAAAAAUUUCUUCUCCUAUUACACUCUUGGAGAUCUCGAGGAAGAAGAGGCACAAAAGUGCAAAAUUUCAAUAAGGAGUGCAAUGACAGUCUUCAAAUCUGCACAUAUGUUGGACAAGCAAGUGGAAACUUGUCACGUUCAUUUGGAGGUAGAUGCUUGCAAUUUAGUGUUUAUCCUCAAAUACAAAAACGGUAUCAACAAGACCCACCUGGCGCCUAUUUUGGAUUCAGAAAAGUUGCAAGCAUCGUACACUAAGGCUGGUAUGUCUAACGAAUUGAUGUCGCGGGGUCGAACAUUAAUGGACGCUUUGCAAAAUUUUCCACAAAAUUUGAUUGAAAUAACGCUCGAGGUAACGUCACUUAAGCUGUUGUUCAGGAAUUACGUGGACGAUGCAUCAGUCAUGGUACAUACUACACGUACCCAGCUGGCUCUUGGUCCCGGAGAAUUUGAUCGUUACACGAUUGGCAACGAGACAAGCGUUACGUUUUGUUUGAAAGAAGUCAGAGCUUUCCUCGCUUUCAGCGAGAGCGUGGGCAUUCCAAUUACCGCAAAUUUUGGAACAGCAGGAAGACCAAUAUUAUUUACGCUGAAGAGUCAAGCCUUCGAGACAAACUUGCUGUUAUCAACUCUAAGCCCAGACAGUGAUAGUCAAUCGGACUCGUCGGUUGUCAGCAGGCAAAUACAGUCUGUUCGAAGAAAGAAUGCUUCUUCAAGGGGUACGUCUAAACGCGCCAACAAAUUCUCCAGUCGAAUGAAGAAAUCUAAACCUGAAGUCAGUGAUAUAUUCAAAAGACCAGCAGAAGAGAAAAAUCAGUCGGACAAAACGCUCAACCAAAACAGGAAUGCUUCUAUCAAUAUCGUUUCUGCAAAUAAUUCUAUAAAUGGUGUUCGAGAAAGAAAUUUGCCGGAACAAAGUCGUCGCUCUGUCGCGUUCAGUCCUGCUAGUACAUCUUCGGCGACUAGCAAAAAGAUUUCGGAGGACAAACGAAAGCUGGUAAAGUCAGUAUUUUCUAGUAUCACAAAGAGGAAAUUGACGGAUGACGAGGAAAAUCGUGAGAAGGAGGAAGAAGUUGCAGUAGACUGCAAUAAUUGUGAAGAGAGCGAGCUACAGUCGCCGCCGCGGUGUCAAGUAGCCAAGAAAGCAAGACUGGUGUUCCAGAAAUGUUUUCAGAAUACCUUUGAUCCCCGAAUGUUACCUGGUCACGACACUAUCCUGGUAGAGGAUUCCGAUGAGAAUAACAGUGAUUAAGUAUAUUUUCUUGUGAUAUUUGGAAGAAUUUCUAUAACGACAAAUCAGAGAAACUUUUAUUUGCACAGUAAUAAAAUACUAAUUUUAUAACACAGAUUUUCCGAAAAAUUA